CUCCGAGGCUGCCGCCCGCCCAAAUCGUGGGGGCUUUUAUAAAUUACAGGCCCUUGGUCGGCUUCCCCAGGCUUUAAAGAAUCCGAGGAGGGGAAUGGGGGUGGCCGUUGGCGGAGCAGAGAACCUUUCGAAGAGCCGAAACUUAAUUUCAUGCUUAUGUAACUGGGACGCUAUCCUGUGACUCAAGGGUCGCUUCCCCAGAACGUGAAGGCUGGGCUUCGGUGUAAGGAAGAAUGUUGCGGGGGGUGGUAGAGAAAGGUUAUUUCAUGCAUAUUUCCCGGUCGUAAUGCGAUAUCGGGACUCGGAAAUUCUUCUAGCUCUGGGUGGAGAGUGACGCUUAGAAAGAAGGACGGCGGGCACAGGGAUAGCCCCAAAAGUUAACAAGGAAGGCCAGGAGCUGUCUUCGAGAGAACCGGCCAUUUCACUUUUGGGAAAGACAUUCUGGCACGGAAUAAAGAACUGCUCCUAAUUUAAAAAAAAAAAAAAAAAAAGAGGGGAAGAAACACUCGUAGAGUUGCAUUAGGUAUCUGUGUCCUCUGUUUCGUGUAUUUGCUGAGUGGAAUAUAACAGCCGCCCCCCACCCAACUCUCUGAUGGACUGAGGUUUGUGUGCCCUACUUGUGGCCGCUGGCCCUUGAGGCCUUUUUCUUAUAAGGGAAAUUGGAUAGUUGAGGUGUGUAGAGGUUUUUGAAGCAGUGUGGCUAGAAUGUCUAAUUCUGGGGCUUUUGGCGAAAAAUAUAAGAGAUGUGCCCUGAGGGGCAACAUACUAUUUUGGCAGGAAAAUCUAUUAAAUGGGAAGUAACCAAAGGUAUAAUUAUCCUUUGUUAGGCAGAGGUUUAUAUCUAUAAUCUUGGGUUUUUUUUUCCGAGCACCGUUGCUAGGAGUUUCUCCACUUCUGCAUAUGUAACUGGAAGUAGCCCUGAGUGUAACAUUAAUGAAUAGGAACAGGGUUUCCUCUCGGUUUAUUGCUGAUUUCUGAAAUAACUCGAAGCAAAUCAUUUCGACAAUAUCUGCCCAUUUCUCCAUUUCUAAGAUGGUUGUAGUUGUGUACUCCACGGUCAAGUGGGGAUUUUAGGAGGAUUUUUAUUGUAAACCACGUGGGGGAAGAGUCUUUAUCGGUCAAGUAGAGUGCCUUCACAAUCCCCGGGUUUUCUAGAUGAGUACUGAUCUGUAUAACUCAGAAAUCACUAGCAUAUUGUCUGCCUAAUGAAGGCCUGAAAGUGCUGAGGCUUUUUGCAGGGACAUUUAGAAUGACCAGAAGGGCUGGUCAUCAGGGUGGCUGGGGUGUGCUGAUUUGCGUGACAGGAGCCCUGCUGUUGCUAAGGAAUUAUCCCUAGCAUCAGUGUCCUGCACUCCUCCGCCUGCCCUGCCUCCCUCCCUUCCCCUUCUCCUCCUCCUCCCCUCUCUCUCUUCCUGCUGCUCCUUCCUUCCGCCCGUUUCCCUGGGCACAAAACUUAGGGGUGUGUGCAUUCAGACUUCUUAGGCUUCACAUAUAAAUGCUCCAGACUUUCUGCAGAACUUAAAAAUCAAAACCUGUCUUUCCUCUCUGGAUCAGCUGACCGGUAGAAAAGUGUGGACUUUUUUUUUUUUUUUUCUUUCUUGAGUCAUGUUACUCCUGGGAACUUUAUUUUCUCUCCAGCCAGCCAUUAGCUAAGUCCCGGAGCCUUGGAACUUUUCAGCCAGUGGAGUCCUCCAUCCGGCUGGUUUUGUUUUAACUUCCUUUUCUCAGCAAAUUCUACAAGCAGAAACUGCAACUGAAUGGCUCAAUGAAAGCAGAGUAGAAUGUUCCUCCUUGAACCUAAGCAAUUCCUUUCCUAACUCAAGACUGCAGGAGCCCAAAUCAUAGUCUCCCUCAAAGACCCAGGAGAUCUAAACACCCUUUACAACCUUACUGUGAAGAAGCCCAGGGGACAGGUAGCCACAACUGAUUUGCAGAUAAGAAAGGAGGCCCUGGCAGUAUCUGCAAAGCCAGGAGUGUGACUCAGUACUUCUGUGUGUUGUGCACACACCGGUGACUAGAGAUGCCAGAGUGUUUUGACUCUGCACCAGACACCUUACACACCUGAACUUCUUUAAACCUCACAACCGCCUUAUGAGAUUCUCUAGAAAGCAUAACAGUGAUGGAGUACAUGAGCACCGGCAGUGACAACAAAGACGAGAUCGAUUUAUUAAUUAAGCACUUGAACGUGUCCGAUGUAAUAGACAUUAUGGAGAAUCUUUACACCAGCGAAGAGCCAGCAGUUUACGAGCCCAGUCUCAUGACCAUGUGUCAAGACAGCAAUGAAAAUGAGGAGCGUUCAGAGUCUCUGCUGCUCAGUGGCCAGGAGGUGCCUUUGUUGUCAUCGGUCAGAUACGGAACGGUGGAGGACUUGCUGGCCUUCGCAAACCACAUAUCCAACACCGCAAAGCGUUUUUAUGGACACCGACCGCAGGAAUCGGGGAUUUUAUUAAACAUGGUAAUCACUCCCCAGAAUGGACGCUAUCAGAUAGACUCUGAUGUUCUCCUCAUCCCCUGGAAGCUGACUUAUCGGAAUAUUGGCUCUGAUUUCAUACCUCGGGGGGCCUUUGGAAAAGUGUACUUAGCCCAAGAUAUAAAGACUAAGAAAAGAAUGGCGUGUAAAUUGAUUCCAGUAGAUCAGUUUAAGCCGUCUGAUGUGGAAAUCCAGGCCUGCUUCCGGCACGAGAACAUUGCUGAGUUAUAUGGUGCUGUGCUCUGGGGUGAAACCGUGCACCUCUUUAUGGAAGCCGGCGAGGGAGGGUCUGUUCUCGAGAAACUGGAGAGCUGUGGACCAAUGAGGGAAUUUGAAAUUAUUUGGGUCACAAAGCAUGUUCUGAAGGGACUCGAUUUUCUACACUCAAAGAAAGUGAUUCAUCAUGAUAUUAAACCUAGCAACAUUGUCUUCAUGUCUACAAAAGCUGUUUUGGUGGAUUUUGGCCUAAGUGUUCAAAUGACUGAAGAUGUCUACUUUCCUAAGGACCUUCGCGGAACAGAGAUUUACAUGAGCCCAGAGGUGAUCCUGUGCAGAGGUCAUUCAACCAAAGCGGACAUCUAUAGCCUGGGAGCCACACUCAUCCACAUGCAGACGGGCACCCCGCCUUGGGUGAAGCGCUACCCUCGCUCAGCCUAUCCCUCCUACCUGUACAUCAUCCACAAACAGGCGCCUCCGUUGGAAGAUAUCGCAGACGACUGCAGUCCUGGCAUGAGGUUGCUGAUAGAGGCUGCCUUGGAGAGGAACCCCAAUCACCGCCCGAGUGCAGCCGACUUGCUCAAACAUGAUGCCCUGAACCCCCCCAGAGAGGAUCAGCCACGCUGUCAGAGUCUGGACUCUGCCCUCUUUGAGCGGAAGAGGCUGCUGAGUAGAAAGGAGCUGGAGCUUCCGGAGAACAUAGCGGAUUCUUCAUGCACAGGAAGUACUGAAGAAUCAGAGAUGCUGAGGAGGCAGCGUUCUCUUUACAUAGAUCUGGGGGCCCUGGCUGGCUAUUUCAACCUUGUACGGGGUCCACCAACCCUAGAAUAUGGCUGAUCGAUGGCGUCAUUUGCUCCGAGUAAUUAAGACUCAGCAUUGGGCUCCUGGAAGCUGGUUAUAUGGACUCGAACCCGGGCUCUGUAUAUUGAAUCUUGCCAUCCGUCAGCGGGCAACGUGGGCUCCUGUUAUCCAUGAAUGUGACUCCACGUGGCUCCCCUGGGUUUGAUUCGGGAAGCUGCCUUGGUAGCCCCCCAGGUCUAAAGGUUCUCAUGUCUCAGGUGGUGUGACCAACUCAAAGGAAGUUGCGAGUUCGUAGAAGGAUCAUUUCUGGUGGCUGAUUCCAUUCACUGUGCACUUUGCUCAGAAAAUGUCAAGAUUACAGAUCAUGAGGAUAAUGUCCUAGCCUGAAAUUACUGUUCUUGGUUCUGAUUUAAGUCUGGGAACUUCAUUUAACUCAGAAUAGUUGUUUUGUGUAUAUUGGUGUAUAUUAUAUGAUAAUGCCUUGAGCCUUUGUAGGUAGAUUCUAGUGUAAAUUAAAGUCCUUAUAUUUUGGGUGAGUAGAACAACUUGAAUAUUAAAGCAAUAAGCUGGACUCGUGUCUUAAAAAUGGCUGUUCAUUUAGGGGCCGUCUGACUGUGGGCCACUAGUGACAGGUUCUGUUAUGUUCCUAUGGAAACAUUUUGUACUGUAUAUGCUAUGCUUAAACCAUUUAAAACAUGAUGUUUUGAAUGUGGAUAAAACUGUGUAAAUCACAUAAUUUCUGUACAUCCCGAAGGAUGAGAAUGUGACCUGUAAGAAAAAUGGAAACAUUUCUAAAUUCUCAAUGAUGCUACUUUUGUAACUCUUCUGACUCUACUUCCUUCCAAGCAUUUGUGUAUUGAAAUAGCAUACUGUGUAUGUUUUAUAUCAAAUGCCUCCAUGAAUCUUUCUUACCUAUACCUAUAUUUUUAACGUUGUGAAUAUGCCCACUUAAAGUAUGUUUUUACAUUAGGCCAAUGAAACCAACACUUACAUCCAAUGUAAUUGGUCAGACCAACUGAAUAAACUCCAUAUUUUGCCUUCA